AUGGACACAAUUCAACACAUCGACAAUGUCACUGCAACGAGUCGCGGUGUGUCUGUCACUGGUCAACAAAGACGGCGACCCAAGAUGAGACACUCCAACUUCCUACUGACUGUCAACACACAGAAACGACCCACAAGUGAUGAGGAGGCAGAACACUACGCACAGAGACUAGACACUGCGAUGGAUACAAUCUUCACUCAAUCGGAACACUUGGAGAACCUGUUCACACUGACCCCAGGCAAGGCGACAUCGGAUGGAGAGAGUCCAACAAUACAUCGAUUGGACACAACAUUCGCCGUCGAGGUUGGUAAGAAGGCACAAGGUGGACGUGUUCACAGUCACGCCGUUAUUGAAGUUGACCACAACACACACAUCAGACUGAACAUGGACUACAUCAGACAGAUACUACCACCAAUGAUUGGUGUUGACAAGAUCUAUGCCAACGUCCGCUAUGUCAAGGGUAUGGGUGAGGUUAAAGACUACAUCGAGAAGGAUCAAGCAAUGGCUGAUGACAACGACGAGAUAGAAGAAUAA